AAAAAAAAAAAAAAAAAAAAAGGCCGCCCGAUCUCAGUCGGAGUUAGUGUGCGAUGAAUCCAUAGUCAUAGCCCUUGGAAAGAGCCCCAGUUGCCAUCUCUCAAAGUCCAAUCGAGGGCCGUGCUUUCUAAUGUGGUUUCCCCCCCGCGGUUGCUAAAGCAAAAGCAAAAAUAGCCUUUGAAUCAAGCCUGCUCCAAUUCGCAGGAUUAACCUGUACAAACAACUGAAGCUCCAGCCAGCUUUGGACUGUCGAAGCUGGAACUGAAGUCACCAAACAUCCCACACGUGACGCAGUUCUUAAUCGAGCAACUGCUCUUCUGCUCUUCACCAUCGUCGCCCUUUUUUCUUACCCUCGCUUUUCUGUAUCUGGACUUUUAUAUAGUCUUCUGUUUAUACCCCUUUGUUAGCCACAUUGAUUGCGUGCGCUUCUCGCCGCUAUACCCAUGUUUUCCUCCGGCUCCAUCUUCCCCCACUGGCGCCGCAAAGCCGCAGAACGCUCCAGUGGCAGCUCCUCAGAAAUCCCAUUCUUUCUGAACGCCGCCUACUAUCCGAAUUGGCGCAUAUAUCGCAAGCAGCCCCCGUCGUCGCUCAGAUUGGGAUUCGUCUCUCAUAUAUUCUACGCGUUUGCCUGGGUCAGGGAAGAUGGCACGGUUUAUCUGAGCGAUGAGUGGGCCGAUACACAAAUGCCUGUGGAUGGCACAAACGGUUGUCUCCGGGCAUUCGCACAGCUCAAGCAACAAUAUUCCAAAAUGAAACUUGUACUCUCGAUUGGCGGGGGUGGGAAAGGCAGCGAAAACUUCGCCGCGGUGGCCCGCAGCAAGUCUCGCACAGAAACAUUCGCUCAGUCUGCCCGGCAACUAGUGGAUCAAUUCGGCCUUGAUGGCAUCGAUGUGGACUGGGAACAUCCGGCAGACUCGCAGCAGGGACAUGACUACAUCCGUUUCCUUUCUAGACUGCGAGACUACUUCCCAGCGGCGCAAUAUGUAUUGGCAACCUGUCUUCCAGCAGGACAAUGGGCACUCCAGCACAUUGACCUCAAGAAAGCGCAAAAAUAUGUCGACAUGAUCAAUGUCAUGGGUUACGAUUUCGCUGGCCCAUGGGGGGCCGAGACCGGACACCACGCCCAGCUGUAUAGUCAUACCUAUGGGUCGGGGAUAUCAUGUCAAUCUGCUGUGGAGUAUUUCUUAGGAAAGGGCGUCCAUCCCAAGAAACUGCUCCUCGGUAUCCCCGCCUAUGGUCGGUCGUUCCUCGGCAGCAAUAACAUCGGACAACGGUAUGUAGGCUGCGGUGGGGAAGAUGGGGUAUUCGAUUACAGCGAACUCCCACGGCCGGGAGCGAUGGAAUAUCAUGACAACGAGGUGGCGGCAGCGUUCUGUGUCGGAGGGGACGGCGGGUUUGUAACGUACGACACGCCACAGACGGUAGAGCAAAAGGCGAAAUUCGUAACACGGGAACGUCUAGGAGGGCUCUUUUAUUGGCAUAUCGGUGGGGAUGCUCGAGGCCCACGGAGUCUCAUCGAAACCGGGUACAACACUCUGCACGAUAUGUAAAUCAGUGAACCUUUUGUGAAGUAGCGACGAAACGGUGCGAGAUAAGGGAGCUAAAAAGGGUGGCUUCUAUUGAUUUUUUAUUCUUUGUUGGUUUGGUUCUCAGUGGUUGCGAGCGUCAAAUGUAACAUCGAGGGGAGGUCCUAUUAUUCAUAUACAAUUCGACCAAGAGAAUGAUGAGUUAAUGAAAUGAUAAGCUUGCAGGAUCCUCCCG